UAAUACUACGACUCAAUUCUCGUAAUAUUUUGACAUAUUCUCAUUAAUGUACGACUAUAUUCUCAAAGUCUCCAUUUUUUUCUCUCUUCACUUGCAUUUUUUUCUGACACCAUUUUUCUUGUCAGUCACAGAUGUAGGCCGUAGAUGCUCAGUUGGGGGAAAUGUAAGUCUGGCUCGUUUUAAGUCGGCGGUUUAAUGACGCCAAGCUGUUUUUGUUUAACGUGGCACUAGCCCGACUUAAGUUUGUUAUUUAAAUUAUUGUUUUUUUUCUUUCCCAACAGUGACCAAUCUCGUCUUGUUUAAAUGUUCUGUGGCGAGGCUGCGGUGUCGUAGCCGUGCCUGAAAACAAUGACAAAAAGUUAUCUGACUCUGGUUGAGAGCAGCAGCGCCCCCGGCGGCCUGGAGCUGGUCAGCACCUACCAGACUAACAGGGUGGGAGACCCCAUGGACCUGGUGGCCCUGGCAUCACAAGUACAGAAGGGAGAUGAUUUCAUCAAGGCCAACGCUUGCAACAGACUGACAGUCAUCGCCGACCAGAUCAGAUACCUACAGGAACAGGCGAGGAAGGUUCUGGAAGAGGCUAAAAGAGAUGCUGACCUCCACCACGCUGCCUGCAACAUAGUGAAGAAACCAGGCACCAUGUACUACCUUUACCAGCGGCCAUCCGGACAGAAGUACUUCUCCAUCAUCUCCCCCAAGGAAUGGGGACCGAGCUGCCCCCACCCAUUCGUCGGGGCGUUCAAACUCCAACACGACAUGUCCUGGACCCCCGUGGACGAGGUGGAGAAGAGGGACGCGGAGAUUGCCAUCAUGGACAAACUUCUCUGCCAGAAGACCGCCAUACCGCCUUACACGGGACCCAACUUCAAGGGCCUCUCCGAUUAAAGGACUGAAUUAAGUACUGGGAUUGUAUCAAGGACACAUGCUGAAGAAUAAUUGUGCUCUUAAUGGACAUGGAUUUUUGAAACUGGGGAAAAUCCAGACAUGGAUUAGAAUCACUGCUAUCUUAAGUUUUACAUAUUGUAUGAGUGACGUUCAUAAACUGCCUUAAGUGUGUGGUGUAAUGCAUCACUACAUGUUUGUUUGUAUAGUGUAGGAUGCUUUUCUUAAACUCAAGUAUCAUGUUGGGCUACUAAUGCUGCGUUCACACCUGACAUGAUGGGUCGCUUUGGUGCUUAUUUGCGUCAUUCGCGCGAAUAUUUGGAUUUACAGGACUUCUGACAGAGGGAGGAUCUCAACGCUCAUUGGCUAUCACGUCACGCGUAUGUCACUCGAGCGAAUGAAGUGACUCAGCGGGCGACGCAAAUUCGCGUCUUGUCGCGCCUUUGCAUUGACUUUGUAUGUAAUCUUGUCUUGCAAAAACUUUCUGUCGCGUCCGGUGUGAACACACCAUAAGCCAGAGCGGUGCUCAGCCCUUUUGCAUGAAGGUUUUCAAAACUCCUCCAACACAGAUCAGUGGGCCGCCCUUUGGAGUUUUUAUUUUGACUAUGUUCUGGUUGCAUUCAGUGCUCCUCAGCAAAAAUUAGCCAGAUAAAGUGUGUUUAUUAUUAACAAUUACAUUUGUUAACAAAUGAGCAUGUAAAUGUGAUUAAAUCAUACAUCUCUA